UUCUCUCUCCAGUCUCUACCACGACGUUCUGGCUCCUCGCCGGCGGCGACAUCGAAGCUAUGGCAGCGACGGAGUCCGAUCUGGAUUAUGAGUUUCUGAAUCUCGAUUACGAGCUUCGGUAUCAGAGUCUCACCGGAAUCGCCGCUUUCCAAAAUUUCGCACCGGACGUGGUGACUUCAUUUUCAACUUGUGGAUUAUCAGAUCCCCUUUCUUCCCAAAACCUCACUCCCAAGCAUUCCACCAUCACUGCUACCAUUGAUUCUCAAUCAUCCAUUAGUGGGACUGUUGGCAGCCCAGUGUCAGCUAAUAAACCAAACGGCGGAGAGAAUCAUCUGAAAGGAGCUACAAGUGGUUCCUCUGAGCCGUCUGAUGAGGAUGAUGAAGCUGGUCCUUGUGAACAGAGCACAAAUCCUGUUGAUAUAAAGCGCCUUAGAAGGAAGGUUUCUAAUCGCGAGUCAGCAAGGAGAUCAAGAAGAAGAAAACAAGCGCAUUUGGCUGACCUUGAGUUGCAGGUUGAAAAACUGAAACUGGAAAAUGCAACCCUAUACAAGCAAUUUACGGAUGCUAGUCAACAAUUUCGUGAUGCUGAUACGAAUAACCGGGUGCUAAAAUCAGAUGUAGAAGCUUUAAGAGCUAAGGUUAAGUUAGCUGAGGAUAUGGUGGCGCGGAACUCUUUUACCACAUUAAACAAUCAGCUUCUUCAGACUCAGAAUCAAUUGAGCACAUCACCACAACUCAACACAACUAGUCUCCGCCGCAUUGCACACGUCUCGCCAACCAUCACCGUCCAUGGAAAUGAUGCCUCAUACAAUGGUGUCAUGGGUGGACAUAAUUCAGCUCUUGGAAACUUGGAUGUCACUUACAACGAUGUCAACAAUGGAGUCAUAAGCGAUGAUAUGAGUUGUGUGACUAUCUGGCCUUGAGGGUACCCUUACUUGAUUAGCCUUUGUAGCUUCCAAUUAGAUCCAACUUUAUUAUAUUUUAUGUCUUGUAAUCUAAUUGUAUUAGUAGGUUAUAGUGUGUCUUCGCUUGAUUCCUCUUUUGUUGUACCCGUUAAAAUAGUGUUUUCUAUUUAGUUUUGCAUUAAAGGACUUUAUUGCUUUAUCCAUUUCUGAAUGCAAUAUUGCAAUUGUAAAAAAAGAAAAAACUCACUUUGUCAUAUCAUCUAAUAGACAUCAAAUCAUGUC